AUGGGUGAUUACAAAAUUCUUCAGAUUAAUCUCCAGCACUCUAAGAGUGCAGUGAAGCAAUUAAGUGUUGAUCUCUCAAAUGAUUCGGACAUCGUCUUAGCUUGUAUCCAGGAACCGUAUGCAUAUAAAGGCAAACUUUCUGAUUUUCCCCUGCGUAUGCGCAGGUAUCAUGCAAUAAAUAACCCUAAAGCAGCAAUUAUUGCCAACAGUACCGGCAUAUCCAUUCUCGAACUGCAUUGCUCAGAAAAUGUAGUGGCCGUCCUGAUAGGAGGUACUACUCCUUUUAUCUUAUGCUCAGUUUACUGUCCUCCUUCUACACCAAUAGAAGGUACUCUUAAUGAAAUUUCAAAUAUAGUGCAUUCAUAUGAUACUCUCUCUUGUGUCGUCUCGGGAGAUUUUAAUGCUAAACACUCGUUAUGGGGUCCCUCAUACACCGACCCCAGAGGACUACAAGUUUGUGAUUUCCUAGCGGCAACAGGGUUCAUUGUGUGUAAUAUCCCAACUAGUCAAGCAACAUGUCUUGCAAAUAAUAGUGAAUCUUGGAUAGAUCUCACCCUUCUUAAAAGAACAAAUUCUAUCUCUAUAACAGAUUGGACUGUUCAUGAUGAGAUCACAUUGAGUGACCAUCGGAAGAUCACUUUUAAUAUUCCUUUGAUUUCAGUUUUCCCAAGAAUUCCAGAGAUUGAAUAG